GUAAAAAUGGCCUAUGGGGACAUCUUCCUUUUCCCUUAAACUCUUUCAAAUCCAAAUACUAAUUCGCCCUGAAUCUUCUUCCUUUUAGGGUUUCAAACGAUCCUUUAUGCUUUGAAUCUCCUCCUCCUUUUUGGGUUUCAAACGAUCCUUUAUUUGGGGGAUUAACAGCAGUUUACCAUGGCUGUUAUCUCACUGAAUUCACUGCCAAUCGGAAUCAGAUUCCGACCAACGGACGAGGAGUUAAUCGAUUUUUACUUGCGAGCUAAAGUGAACGGGAAAAGGAAAGAUGAGAUCGGGGUUAUACGGGAAGUUGAUGUUUGUAAAUGUGAACCGUGGGAUUUGCCUCAUUUGUCUGCUGUAAAGGGUCGUGACCCGGAAUGGUUUUUCUUUUGCCCACUGGACCGGAAGUAUCCGAACGGAAACCGGCUUAAUAGGGCUACCGAGGCGGGUUAUUGGAAGGCUACGGGUAAGGAUAGAAAGAUAAAGUCUGGGUCUUGCUUGAUUGGCAUGAAGAAAACUUUGGUGUUUUAUACGGGUCGGGCUCCUAAAGGGAAGCGAACUAAUUGGGUUAUGCAUGAGUACCGUACUACUCUUGAUGAACUUGAUGGGACCAAACCUGGACAGAAUCCUUUUGUAAUUUGUCGUUUGUUCAAGAAACAAGAUGUAACUAUUGAAGAUAUUAAUGCUGAUGAUGUUGAUCCUGGGGCCUCUUCUCAUACGGAAGAGGUGCAAUCGGAGUUCGACGGGCCUUCGGUGGAAGGAGGAGCCGGAAAAGUUCCGGAUGAAACUCGGCCUGUGGGUUUAUGUAAUGAAGCCGUUGCACCUAUAUUUGACUGCAACAACGGUGGGUUUAAUGCUUGUGAACUGGAAGAAAUGGCACCUGCACAGGUGGAUCUACUUGGAGAAGCUUUGGUUCAAUUUUGUGAUCCAAUGAUGGAGCCAUUGGAUUGGAAGCUCUUUUCACCAUUACAUUCGCAGAUCGAAGCCGAGGGGGCACCUUGGAUGUUUGAUCAUGUCGGGAACAGUUUUGGUGGGGUGAAGUUCGAGCAUGGCACAAACGAAAAUGAUGCUGAAUUCAUGAACUCUAUCCUGAAUAAUUUGGAUGACUAUUACAGCGAUGACUCAAGCAGUCGAAGGAAUUCAGUUAUUGAAACCGAGACCCCAAAGUCAAUGGCCUUUGGUACAAAUGGUGGAUUGUAUUGCAAACCUGAUGCUGAACCGGCUCAAGUAUUGCUUGGGACCGGAACUGCCAACGGAGGAGCAUUCUAUAAUGUGCUAAAUAGCAAUGGAGAACCAAGCAACCAUGUAAACACAGCUUGUAACGUCGACACUGCACCUACCAUCAGGAUUCGAUCUCGUGCUCAUCGGAUUCAGCCAGACACAGAGAACUUUGACACACAGGGUAUCGCAUCGAGAAGAUGUAAACUUGUAGUCCAUUCACCUCGCUUCGAAGCGAAAGAACAUGACUCGAAACCCAUCCUUCCGAAGGGUGUAAAAGCCAUGGAAGAGUAUAUCAGUGUCGACAGCGAUGCUGCUCGAAGGACCAUGGACGAACCCCAGAUUUUCGAGACAAGCAAAAGAGAUGUUUCGAGGUUGAAGAGCAAGGUUCCAGUCUCUGAAGCGGUUUCAUAUCGAUGUUUGAAGAGGUUUUCAGCUCGUCGCCAACAUAAGCCGUUCAGUGUUAUCAUGUUUCGGGUCGUUGCUGUAAUGUUAAUCUUGUUUGUAGCUUUGGUUAGCACAUUGAAUGUUUUGUAAUUUGAUGCUGUUUUUGUGUUGAAUUUUUGUUAGUAAUUAAACUAUUAAUCAUAUUUGCAAUAUUGAUAUAUGCAAAUUAGUUAAAACAAAAUUAAGAUAAAA